UGGCUAUAGCAGCAGGUUGUGCGCAUAUUUACUUUGUCUUGUACGUCCAGUACCUCCUUCUUUCCUUGCUUGGACUUCUUUAUAUUGACAUGGUAGCAGAGUUGGACAGCAGGUCGAGGGUUGUAGUCCAGGCUUUCACCAGCAGUUCUGGUUUCACAGGGGCAGACCUCCUGCUCCCCUUGCCCAGUCAUGGAGCCUUUUGCAGAGGCUCCGUUGUUUGAGAUGGACCAGGAGGAGGAUGAGGAAGAAGAUGGUCUCCCAGUGAGGAGCAGAGCCACAGACCCUGACACGUUCAUCUACAUGAACUUCAUGAAGAGUCACUGCUGCUAUGACGCCAUCCCUACCAGCUCCAAACUGGUCAUUUUUGACACAACACUACAGGUGAAGAAGGCUUUCUUUGCUCUGGUAGCUAACGGAGUGAGGGCCGCUCCACUGUGGGACGACAAGCUGAAGUGUUUUGUGGGUAUGCUGACCAUCACUGACUUCAUCAACAUUCUCCAUCGCUAUUACAAGUCUCCUCUGGUUCAGAUAUAUGAGCUGGAAGAGCACAAGAUAGAGACAUGGAGAGAGAUCUAUCUACAGUACCAUAUCAACAGACUGAUCAGCAUCACACCUGACUGCAGUCUGUUUGAUGCCAUCUACUCCUUGUUGAAGAAUAAGAUACACCGGCUGCCGAUCAUCGACCCGGCGUCAGGAAAUGUCCUCCACAUCCUGACUCACAAACGCAUCCUCAAGUUCCUCCACAUCUUUGGAUCUAUGAUUCCUAAGCCCAGGUUUCUUCAGAAGCGGAUCAAUGAGGUGGCGAUCGGUACCUUCAGAGAGAUUGCAACAGUCCAGGAAUCGGCCUCAGUCUAUGACGCUCUGACUAUCUUUGUGGAGAGAAGAGUUUCUGCCCUGCCAGUAGUCAAUGAGCAAGGUAAAGUCGUGGCACUGUACUCCAGGUUUGACGUCAUUAACCUCGCAGCCCAGAAAAACUACAACAACCUGGACAUGACGGUGAGGGAGGCCAUUUCCUCCAGAGCCUGCUGUGUGGAGGGAGUGCUGAAGUGUUACCCUUACGAAACACUGGAGACCAUCAUCGACCGCAUUGCUAAGGCUGAGGUGCAUCGUUUGGUGUUGGUUGACAGCGGUGAUGUGGUGAGAGGGAUUGUCUCUCUGUCUGACCUUCUACAAGCCCUGGUUCUCACUCCUGCAGAUAUGUGUGAGGGAUCAUACUUUCAACAAUGAAGAAAACAAGAUGGACGUUGAUGGAUUGAAAGAGACUAUAAAGGGGCAAGUAAACCGGGGAUUAGCAGAGUUGAGUUACCGCUGAGAGGUCAUUGGUUUCAAUCCCGGUCCAGAAGACAAAUAUGGAAAGAGAAAGGGAACAUUUUGCAAGGAAGAUACCGCAGAGUUGAACUAUUUCAAAGGUGUGGCUGGAAAACUGCGUUGACCUGACAUCCAAAGACUUUCUACCUGACCUGGACUGAAGCAUCACAUUUUAAGUUACUUUGCAAGUUAGGUUGUAUGCAAAUGUAGUUGUUCAAGUUAUAUUUAAUGGUAUGUAGUUCACCUUUUGGACUUAGAAUGAUUACAAAUUAGAAAUUCUUAUAUUGUAUUUUAGAAUUGUGAUCACCUUUUUAUAAAUGCACUUGUGCUCCAGUCACUGUGAACAAAUACAUAAAAUGUUUUGCUUUAAAGUGUACUGAUGACUACUUAUCUGCAGAAACAUCGUUUUCCUUGCAACACGGUUAUUUAGGUUUAGUAUAGUGAAGAACAUCGAUAUGAUGCAGUGGUCAUUUAGGACCAAGAUAAAUACAAGGUUUACAGAUCAAUAAUUACAAGGUCAUUUACAGUGGGGCAAAAAA